AUCUCAAAACUCACUCUAAUAUGGCUAGGAUACAAUAAGAGUAUGGUAAAACUACCUAAAAUCAACCAAGUCAGUGAUAUUUCAAGACAAGAUAAUGAUACGAACACACAUGAAGAUUUAAUUGAUCUAGGAUCAAACUUAUUAGAAAACACCACAAUGUUGGAAUACCACCCAUUAGUCUUACUCAAACUCAGAAAGAAGGUAAAGUAUCAAGACAAGGAUGGAAAAAUUAAGGUUAAAUAAAGUUACAGGAUUUUCACUCAGAGAAUACCUUGGCAACCCUCUUAGCUGAGAAACAGAACCUAGAGAGUUAAGAAAGAUUAUAGACAUGAAGGUCCCAAAAAUUAGACAAAGAAGGCAAUCUGAUCAGCCCAUUCCUAUUCUGAAGGAGCAACUAGAAGAGGGAGUAAAACUUAUGAUCUGCAUUACUCAUUUUAAUGAAGAGUUUUCCCAGUUAGUCGAAAGCUUAGUUGGAGUCUACAGAAACUACUAUGAACUAUGCCAGAGAAACAAAUUAUUCAAAGGUGAUGUUUCGGUAGUGAUUAUCUCAGAUGGAUUUGACACAUUUGACUCUGUGGUGACUAAGAAGAAAGUAAACACUGCUCAGAAUAAAGCAGAUAAUAGCCCUGAAGAGUUCCGACUUGCAGACCAGCUGACUAGAGCAGGGAUCUAUGACGAAACAAAAAUCGCUAAAAAAUUCCUUACUAUUCAGAAGAAUGAAACAAAGGUUUUGAAAGAUCCAGUAUCUCUUGAUUUCAUGUCUAAAAUUACUAACAUUAAGCAAGAAAAUGGAGAUAUUGAUGAAGAAAAGGAUAAAGAGUUUGAAAAAGUUCUUAACAUGCAUUUUGAGACUGAAAACCUUCUUCAUUGAUUUUCAAGAUACAUGACUUUGGAGGAGUUCUUCCAAGGACUAGAUGAAGAGACACAAAAGUCUAUGAGGAUUGAUAAGUAUCAUCCUUUUGAAUAUCUUUAUGGGAAUAUCGCCCAGAACGAAGCUGAUAAAAGGAUAUUUUCGUCUCUCCCUUUAGACAUACACUUUGCUGUAAAGCACUUCAAUAAAGGAAAAAUAGAAUCUCAUCUCUGGUAUUUUAAAGGAUUUUGUCAGUUAUUGAACCCAACAUAUUGCCACAUUAUUGAUACAGGAACAAUCGCGACUCCAAAUUCUUUAUCUAAGAUAACAUUACUCAUGGAAUCCAAUAAGAAGAUUGGAGGAGCAUGAGGUGAGAUUGAAGUCAUACUUCCAAAUUUUAAUAACGAUUGAAGACCUGUUACUUUCGUAAAGAGUAUUAUCCUUAGAGCACAGUAUGUUGAGUAUAAGCUCAGCCAUUACAUUGACAAAGCUGCUGAAUCUUUCUUUGGGUUUGUAUCUGUCCUCCCUGGAGCUUUCUCGUGCUUUAGAUGGAAUGCCAUCGAAGGAGAACCUUUAGAAUGUUUCUUGAAGGGUAGAACUUUGACUGAUCCAAAAGAAAAAUCCCAUCCUUCCUGAUACUUUGCCAACCAAUAUCUUGCAGAAGAUAGAAUAAUGUGAUUGGAGAUUAUUUCAAAGAAGAAUAAGAAUUAUAUUCUGAAAUAUAUUCCUGGCUGUAUAGCUCUUACUGAUGCUCCUGACUCUCUGAGUAAUUUGAUCAAGCAAAGAAGAAGAUGGUUCAAUGGCUCAACAUUUGCAUCUUUUCAUGUCCUCAAAAAUUUGUGUAGAACUUGGCAGAGGAGAAAUUCUCAAUGUAGAAACAUUGGAUUUAUGUUUUUGUAUUUAUACAUGCUCUCUAAUGUAUGCCUUGGCUUUAUACUAGUUGGUCUGUAUUAUGCUGCACUAAGUAUAUUCCUAAGAUCUGUGCUACCUUCAAGCAAUUGUAUUAGUUAUUCAGAUCCUGCUAAUAUCCUUGAAAAUAUCUAUUUAACUCUCUUAUUUUUCUGUUUUAUCGUUAGUACAGCUAUUAAAAUUCAAUGGGCAGAGAUGCAUUUCAGAAUCUUAUCUGUUAUUAUGGGAUGUUUCUCAAUUUUGAUGCUGUUCGCACUUGUAGCCGGAACAAUUCAGCAAAAUAUAAACGUAAUUAGUUUGUCAUUAAUAGCUGUUGGAGUACUAUCUAUAUUCAUCCCCAUGUUUAUGAAUUGCAGGCAGUUAAAAAUAUUUGACUUCAUAAAAGGAGUGUGUUACUCAUAUUUCUUGGUUCCAAGCUAUAUUAACAUUAUCAUUAUCUACUCUAUCUCUAACAUCCACGAUAUCUCUUGGGGAACUAGACCAAAGGGAGCAGAUGCUACUACUUCCGUACUAAAGAAGCUCAAUAUGUCGAAUGACUAUCAAAACUUCCGAUCAAAGUUCCUUAUUUUCUGGGUCUUUGCUAAUGCUAUUGCAGGGUGGAUUGUGGUGGUCCUUUCUCGUGAUAACCACGAUUAUUACCUUGGCUUAAUAACAGGGGUAUUAGCCUGAGUAAUUUUCUUCAAAUUCUUCUUUUCUGUGUUCCAUUAUUUCAGUUCAUACCUGAACAACUGGAGAGUGAACAGAUAUCUCACGAAGAAUAAUAUCGAAGGAUUUAAGUUUAAAUUAGGCCAAGAUACGACUAUAAAGGGUUUAUUUGAUUCUUUUCAGAGUAUAGUCAAGAGAGAAGCUCCGAAAGCUGAGAAUAAGAUAAAGGAAAAAAUAAAAAGGAUGCUUUCUAAUUAUGAUGGUGAAAUAGAAGAAGAAAAAAUAAGGGAGUCAAACAAUAGAUCUGGAAUUUAUCAAUUAGAUGAAAAGUCUGAAAGCGAAGAGAAGAAAAUACAUAACCCAUCUCAAGCAAGUUCAAAUCAAAGGAAGAGACAUAAGAAAAACAAUAAUGCUCAAGAAAAAUUUAUCAAAGAUGCCAGAAAUCCUCCAAAAGAAGAAACAAAGGAGGAUUAUAUAAUAACAAGUCGACCCAAUGAGGAAAUUUCAAGCAUAAACAGUCACUUGUUUGAUUCCUCAUCUAGUGAAGCCUAA